AUGUGCAGUGAAGGCGCAGAUAUGGAGAAGGAAUUGGACAGGAAGCUAAAGGGCCGGGUAGACACACAGAAGGGGAACACGAAUAUUGAUGGAGGCUGGGCAUGGAUGGUGGUCUUGUCUUCUUUCCUUGUCCACUUGCUGGUUAUGGGAUCACAGAUGGCACUGGGCAUUCUCAACAUGGAAUGGCUGGAAGAGUUCAAUCAAAGCAGAGGUCUGACAGCUUGGGUCAGCUCCCUGACAAUGGGCAUCACUCUGAUCGUAGGUCCUUUUAUUGGCUUGUUCAUUAACACCUGUGGAUGUCGGAAGACUGCCAUGAUUGGAGGGUUCCUGACAUCACUUGGAUGGGUGCUGAGUGCUUUUGCCACCAAUGUCCAUUUUCUGUUCUUUACAUUUGGAGUGAUGGCUGGUAUCGGCAGUGGGAUGGUGUACCUACCUGCAGUGGUAAUUGUGGGUCAGUAUUUUCAGAAGCACCGUGCACUGGCACAGGGACUGAGCACCACUGGGACAGGGUUCGGGACAUUCCUGAUUACGGUGCUGUUGAAGUACUUGUGUGCAGAGUUUGGCUGGAGGAAUGCCAUGAUAAUCCAGGGAGCUAUUACACUAAACCUGUGUGUGUGUGGAGCCCUCAUGAGACCACUGGACCAUAUAGAAAAAUGCAGCAUGGAGAAGACUGGUGUUCACAAAACAGCUAAAGAAGUUUCCCUGCUGGAGGCUGAUGUUGGGAAAGCAAACACUACCCUACCUGAGGAGGGAGAAGACACUGCAGUACCGUGGUGUAAGGAAGACUCCAGCAAUGGUACUGUCAAGAAAGAUAUCACCAAACUGGGAAUCCUGAAGUCAUUGACCCGCCUGACUGUGACUGUGAGAUGUGGAUUUUGGGCCUGGUACUCUAGCUACUUUGGGGCAGCUUCCCUCUUCACCAACAAGGUCUUUGUAGCAUUUGUGGUGUGGGCACUUCUGGCCUACUGCAGCUUUGUAAUUCCCUUUAUACACCUCCCAGAGAUUGUGGAGCUUUACGGCAUGGAAGAGCAAAACAACAUCUUUCCACUCACCUCAGUUAUUGCCAUUGUGCACAUAUUUGGGAAAAUUUUCCUGGGUUAUAUUGGUGACUUGUCAUGUGUCAGUGCCUGGAAUGUCUUCCUUGCUUCCAACUUUACCAUGGGUAUCUGCAUUCUGAUCCUCCCACUUAUGCAAGUAUACGCUGCCUUGGCUGUGAUCUGUGCUCUUAUAGGGUUCUCCAGUGGCUACUUCUCCCUUAUGCCUGUUGUUACAGAAGAUUUAGUGGGCAUCAAGCAGCUGGCAAAUGCUUAUGGGAUCAUCAUAUGUGCCAAUGGAAUAUCAGCGCUUCUGGGACCUCCAUUUGCAGGCUGGAUCUAUGACAUUACCCAGAAAUAUGACUACUCCUUCUACGUGUGUGGCUUGCUGUACAUGAUGGGAAUGAUCUGUUUGCUUAUGGAGCCCUGUCUGCAACCAAAGGAGAAUAACACUAAGAAAACUACAGACAUCCCGGAAUCCUGA